AAACUCAAAACAUCUGAACGAGAAAAUUUGUAGAAAGGCACGCUCUCGCUUGAUUUGUAAAAUACGUUUGUAAAGUAUAGUUUGUAUUUUGUUUAUCAUUUGUAUUUUGUCGCGAAAAUAGGUAUUGUCAGCUUGUAAAGCUUACCAGUAAAGUACGUCAAGUUUUAUUUUUGUUCAGCAGUGCACAGCUGGUCAGAGCCAGUAGGAGAAAGAAGGAAAAAAAUCUAGUUCACCGGGUCACCAACAAAUCGACUAGCCGUCACGGAACUAUGACAAACCAGUACGUUAGCCCGCUAUCGAUAGCAGUAAUUUGCUCCUCCAAUAUGAACCGAUCGAUGGAAGCGCACGGAUUUCUGGCGAAGAAACGCUUUAAAGUACGCUCGUUCGGAACCGGUGACAAGGUGAAGCUACCCGGUACGGCGGCCGAUAAACCAAACAUCUACGAGUUCGGUACCAGCUACGAUGAAAUCUACACCGAUCUGGCCAGCAAAGACAAGCAAUACUACACCCAAAACGGUUUGUUACAUAUGUUAGAUCGUAACAGGCGAAUCAAAGCUUAUCCGGAAAAGUUUCAAACAUGUUCGGAGCGGUUCGAUGUUCUGGUCACUUGCGAGGAACGUGUUUAUGAUCAGGUAAUCGAAUUUAUGGAAUCGAGAAGCCCAUCCUGCAAUCUGCCGGUGCAUGUGAUCAAUAUUGAUAUUCAGGACAACCACGAGGAAGCGACGCUCGGUGCGUUUAUAAUCUGUGAUCUGAUAACGAUGAUGGCUCAAACGGAGGACUUGGACAACGACAUCGACGAGCUGCUGCACGAUUUCGAGAGCAAAUGCCAGCGGAGCGUGCUGCACUGUGUACUGUUUUACUAGCUAACAACGCAAGCAAAAUGAUUGUAUGAGAUACAGCAAAAACAAUAGUGUAUCCCAUUUAGUUUAGUUUUUAACCGCUAGAUAGGUAACUGAAGGAAGAAAACCUCAAGACGACGGGUGUUAACUACUUUACUCUCUAAAUUUAUUGAUGAUGAUUAUUUGCAACUAAAAAAUAGUCCCGCGCAAAAUAUUCAUACCAAAUAUAGCACCAGAAAAUAACGAAAAAAAUACUAACAGAUUGUGAAUAAUUUAUAAUAGGAACAUAACAAAUUAAGCCGCAAACAAUAGGACACCCAAGAUCGAUAAAAACUGGAAAACAUUUCACAACUGCUUAGUGAUCGGUUUCGAUUGUAGGAACCUAAAAAUGAAGCACAUAUAUUUAAUAUAAAGAUGUG